AUGAAAUGCAGACUCAUUCUCGUUGUUGUUCACUUUUUUUUCUUUCCCCGUAUUAAUUAUCCGCCUUUCCUGACUAUUUCUUUCUUUCUUAAUUCAUUUAUUAUAUCUUAUAUUUUCUUUCGUUCCUCAUCACUAUUACUUUUCUUCUCAUUCUUUUUUACUUUCUUCAUUCUGCCUUUAUUUUUUUCUUUUUUUUUCUUCUCUUAUUUUUCUUUCUUUUCACUCUGGUAUUUUCUUCCAUCUUUUUUCGAUGUCGACUGUAUUCUAUUUUCUACUUUCUAUCUGUCUUUCUUUCUCUCUUUGAUAUCUCACUCUAGAAUUUUCUUUUCGCGCCUUAUCGUCUCCCCUCUGUGUUUUUCUUUCUUUCAAUUUUUUUCACUUGUAUGUUCUGUUAUCUUUUCUUUGACUUUUUCUAUGGCAUAUUGUUUCAUUGUUUUUCUUCGUUUCUUUUUUCUUUCUUUCUUCCUUCCUUUUUUUUCUCUCUUUCACUUUAUUUUCGUUCUUUGUCGGCAUCAUUUCUGUUUUUCUUCCUUUCUUGAUUUUUUUUUCUCUCUGGCGUACUGUUUCGUUGUUUUUCGCUAUCUUCGUCUCUUCCUGCCUUUCUUUUCUCCCUUUCACUUUCUUUUCGCUCUUUAUCAGCGGCGCUUUCUUUCUUUCUUUCUUUCUUUCUUUUUUUCUUUCUUUCUUUCUUCCACUCAGUCAUUACCAUUCUUUCUUUCUCUCUUCCACUCAGUCAUUACCAUUCUUUCUUUCGCUCUUCCAUUCAGUCAUUACCAUUCUUUCUUGAUUUUUUUUCUUUCUUUCGCUCUUCCACUCAGUCAUUACCAUUCUUUCUUGAUUUUUUUUCUUUCUUUCGCUCUUCCACUCAGUCAUUACCAUUCUUUCUUGAUUUUUUUUCUUUCUUUCGCUCUUCCACUCAGUCAUUACCAUUCUUUCUUGAUUUUUUUUCUUUCUUUCGCUCUUCCACUCAGUCAUUACCAUUCUUUCUUGAUUUUUUUUCUCUCUAGCAUAUUGUUUCGUUUUGUUUUGUUUUUUCCUCUCUAUCUUCGUCUCUCCUUUCCUUCCUUCCUUCCUUCCUUCCUUCCUUCCUUCCUUCCUUCCUUCCUUUUCGCUCUUUAUCGGCUGCGAUUUCUUUCUUUCUUUAUUUGUAUCGAUCUGUCAUUUCUGUUUUCCUUUCUAUCUUUCUUGAUUUUUUUUUUUCAUCUUUGCUAUAUUGUUUUUUUGGUUUAUUUUUUUCGUUUGUUUGAUUUUUAUCUCUGUUAUCAUUUUUGUCUUUCUUUUUGA